UGACACUGAGCGGGCGCAGGGGGCUGAGCCGGAGACACCGCCGGAGCCCGGGCAGCGGCAGUAGAGGGGGUGGCAUAGACACUGAGCAGCCAGGCGGCCGCCGUUCCUUUCCUGCUGACUGCUUGACUGCCCCGCUCCUCCCCUCCUCCUACUCCUCCUCCUCCUCCUGCUGCUGCUGCUGCUGCUUCUCUUCAUCCACCUCCUCCUCCAGUCACUCGUGAAGAAGAAGAGCCUGCGCUGCCGCUUGGGGAGGGGGUGUGUGGAGCUCGGUGCCUACUACCCCGCGAGUCCGCAGUGGCCGCCGCUGCCGCGGGGUCAGGUCGCGGUCGUCUGGAGAGAAACCUCGGGGGUCGGUCCAAUAACGGGGUUCGGGUGCCUGGUUUGUGAACAUCACAGGUCUAUUCUGGAUAACAGGUUUUGUGAAGAUUUUUAUUCUUUCUUGGACCUCAGAAUUACCUCCCAUCUCAUGGGUUUGUGGAUGCACUUAGAUGUUUGCAAUGAGCACUGUGGCUGGCAUGCCCCAGUGUUUUGGAUACCAAUGCAUAGGACUCCGUAGUAAUCGAAUUUAUCAGAAACGAACGUCAUGAGCAUAGUGAUCCCAUUGGGGGUUGAUACAGCAGAAACUUCAUAUUUGGAAAUGGCUGCAGGCUCAGAACCAGAAUCCGUAGAAGCUAGCCCUGUGGUAGUUGAGAAAUCCAACAGUUACCCACACCAGUUAUAUACCAGCAGCUCGCAUCAUUCACACAGUUAUAUUGGUUUGCCCUAUGCGGACCACAAUUAUGGUGCUCGUCCUCCUCCAACACCUCCAGCUUCUCCUCCUCCAUCAGUUCUUAUUAGCAAAAAUGAAGUAGGCAUAUUUACUACUCCUAAUUUUGAUGAGACCUCUAGUGCUACCACCAUCAGCACAUCAGAGGAUGGAAGCUAUGGUACUGAUGUAACCAGGUGCAUUUGUGGUUUUACACAUGAUGAUGGCUACAUGAUCUGUUGUGACAAAUGCAGUGUUUGGCAACAUAUUGACUGCAUGGGGAUUGAUAGGCAGCAUAUUCCUGAUAUAUAUCUGUGUGAACGUUGUCAGCCUAGGAGUUUGGAUAAAGAGAGGGCUGUGCUGUUACAACGCCGGAAAAGGGAAAAUAUGUCAGAUGGUGAUACCAGUGCAACAGAGAGUGGUGAUGAGGUUCCUGUGGAAUUAUAUACUGCAUUUCAGCAUACACCAACAACGAUAACUUUAACUGCUGCGAGAGUUACCAAGGUCAAUGAUAAGAAAAGGAAAAAAAGUGGGGAAAAAGAACAAAAUAUUUCAAAAUGCAAAAAGUCUUUUCGUGAAGGAUCUAGGAAAUCGUCAAGAGUUAAGGGUUCAGCUCCAGAGAUUGAGCCUUCUGAUGGGUCAAAUUUUGGAUGGGAGACUAAAAUUAAAGCUUGGAUGGAUCGUUAUGAGGAAGCAAAUAAUAACCAGUACAGUGAAGGUGUCCAGAGAGAGGCACAAAGAAUAGCUUUACGAUUAGGCAGUGGAAAUGAUAAGAAAGAGAUGAAUAACAAAUCAGAAUCAAAUGCCAGCAAUCUGAUCUUCAAGCCCCCUGUAGAGAGCUACAUACAAAAGAAUAAGAAAAUUCUGAAAUCUGCCAAAGAUUUGCCUCCUGAUGCCCUUAUUAUUGAAUACAGAGGGAAGUUUAUGCUAAGAGAACAGUUUGAAGCAAAUGGAUAUUUCUUUAAGAGGCCAUAUCCUUUUGUUCUGUUCUACUCUAAAUUUCAUGGGCUAGAAAUGUGUGUUGAUGCAAGGACUUUUGGAAAUGAGGCUCGAUUCAUUAGGCGUUCUUGUACACCAAAUGCAGAGGUGAGGCAUGUCAUUGAAGAUGGAACCAUUCAUCUUUAUAUUUACUCCAUCCAGAGCAUUCCAAAGGGAACUGAAAUUACUAUUGCUUUUGAUUUUGACUAUGGAAAUUGCAAGUAUAAGGUGGAUUGUGCAUGCCUCAAAGAAAAUCCUGAAUGUCCAGUUUUAAAACGGUGUUCUGAACCAACGGAAAACAUCAAUAGUAGUUAUGAAACCAGAAGGAAAAAAGGGAAAAAAGAGAAGGACGUUUCAAAAGAAAAAGAAACACAAAAUCAAAAUAUUACUUUGGAUUGUGAAAGUGCCACCAACAAAAUGAGGAGCCCAGAUAAUAAACAAAGAAAACUUUCUCCACUGAGACUAUCUAUAUCAAAUAAUCAGGAGCCAGAUUUUAUUGAUGAUAUAGAAGAAAAAACUGCUAUUAGCAAUGAAGUAGAAAUGGAAUCAGAGGAGCAGAUUGCAGAAAGGAAAAGGAAGAUGACAAGAGAAGAAAGGAAAAUGGAAGCUAUUCUGCAAGCUUUUGCCAGACUUGAGAAGAGAGAGAAAAGAAGGGAACAAGCUUUGGAACGAAUCAGCACAGCAAAAACAGAAAUUAAAACAGAAUGUAAAGAUACACAGACUGUCAAUGAUGCUGAAGUUGUUCAGGAAACAACAAAGGAAGAAGCUGCCAGCAAGCCUACCCCUGCCAAAGUAAAUAGAGCUAAGCAGAGAAAAAGCUUUUCUCGUAGUAGAACUCACAUUGGACAGCAACGCCGGCGACACAGAACUGUCAGCAUGUGUUCAGAUAUCCAGCCAUCUUCUCCUGAUGUAGAAGUUACUUCACAACCAAAUGAAACCGAGAAUACUGCACUUGCAGCAGAGCCUGAAACUGAAACUGCCAUAGCAGAAAUAGUUACUGAAGCUGAAGUUCCAGCACUUAAUAAAUGUCCUACAAAGUAUCCCAAAACAAAAAAGCACUUAGUCAAUGAAUGGUUAAGUGAGAAGAGCGAGAAGACAGGAAAAUCUUCAGAGAGCCUUUCAGAAAGGCCUCUUCGAAUAACUACAGAUCCAGAAGUAUUGGCUACACAACUCAACUCUUUACCGGGCCUUACUUACAGCCCCCAUGUGUAUUCUACUCCCAAGCACUAUAUUAGAUUUACUUCACCAUUCCUUUCAGAAAAAAGGAGAAGAAAAGAACCUACUGAAAAUAGCUCUGGCUCAUGCAAAAAGCGAUGGUUGAAGCAAGCAUUAGAAGAAGAAAAUUCAGCAGUUAUAGAUAAAUUUAGUUCAUUAUGCCAAGAAAGAUCUAGAAGCCCUGCUGUCAAUGGUGAAAAUAAAAGUCCACUGUUACUCAGUGAUAGCUGUUCACUUCCAGAUUUAACUACCCCACUAAAAAAACGAAGACUGUAUCAGCUAUUGGAUUCUGCUUAUUCCGAAACCUCUACACCCACUCCUUCUCCAUAUGCUACACCAACUCACGUGGAUAUCACUGCUACGGACCCGUCAUUAUUUGCUACUCCUCCUAGGACAAAAUCAGAGGAUGAAACUUGUAGGAAUGGUUAUAAACCCAUAUAUUCACCAGUUACCCCAGUAACUCCUGGUAUACAGGGAAAUGCUAUGCAUUUUGAGAACAUUUCCUCCCCAGAAAGUUCACCAGAAAUUAAAAGACGAGUUUAUAACCAGGAGGGCUAUGAAAGAACACCAACUAUGUUGACGGUGGGUCCUUUUAGAAACUCUAAUUUGACAGAAAUGGGCCUGCAAGAAAUAAAGACCAUUGGGUAUUCCAGCCCAAGAAACAGAACUGAUAUAACCAGGCAGUGCACAGGGGACAAGGAGUCAGUAUCAGACCUACAGACUGGAGGUGAUGUAGUGGAGCACACUGCCAUUCCUAAAACCUUGGAGACCCCCUCACAGGAUAGGACUGACUCUAACAGCCAGCUUGAACCUGCUCCCUGUGGAAGAAGCACAGUUUAUUCUUCUUGGGUUAAAAGUCCUGAAAGAACAGGUGUGAACUUUUCCUCAGUGAAUUCCAAUUUAAGGGACUUAACACCUUCCCAUCAGCUGGAGGUUGGAGGUGGCUUCCGAGUAAGUGAGCCAAAGUGCCUAGUGCAAGAUGAUUCCAGAGGAGUGUUCAUGGAGACCUCUGUGUUCUGUUCUUCAGAAGAUGGACUUCCCCCAGGGUUUGGAAGGACAGUUAACGACACUGCGGUUGAGGGGAGCUGUACACCCCAGAAUCCACCACAAAAGAAAAAGGUGUCCUUAUUAGAAUACCGUAAGAGACAGCGGGAAGCUAGGAAAAGUGGCUCCAAAGCUGACAAUUUUUCUCUAGUUACUGUGUCACCUCAUGCUACUAUGGGUGGAAACAUGAGCAACAGCAGCAAUACAAAUGAUGGAUGUAGCAACAGUGGUGAAAAUGGGGAGCAAGUAGACCACACUAGUAGCCUACCUUUACCAUUGCCAACUGCUGUUUAUAAUGCUACUUCAGAAGAAAUCAGCAAUAACUGCCCAGUAAAAGAAACAUCUUCUGGUGAAAAAAAUGAACCAGAAGUUCAGUGGACUGCUUCAACUUCAGUGGAACAAGUAAGAGAGAGGAGCUAUCAGAGAGCUUUACUUCUCAGUGAUCAUAGGAAAGACAAAGAUAGUGGGGGAGAAUCACCUUGUAUCCCAUGCUCACCGAAUCAUGUUCAGUCUUCACCUUCAUCUCAUUCAAAUCACAUUCCCCAGUUGCAACUUAAGGUCCCAGUCCCUUCUUUCAGUGAACUUAUAGAAGACCCUGAUCCUGAAAAUCCAGAGCCCACAACCACAAAUGAAUGUCCAUCCCCAGACACUUCUCAAAAGACUUGUAAAAGUCCUUCAAAAGUGAGCAAGCCUUGUUCACCAGGUCCUACAGUUCCUGCCCAGUCACUUGGAAAGACACCCACAAAACUAGAUUCUCAGUGGGAGAUGGCAGUUAAUACACCCGAGAGUGAGAAUGCCAAUCCUCAAAAAGCAGAGCUACAACAGAAGCAGCUGUCAAAUGUCCAAGCACUUUCAAAGACUCAUUCUUCUCAGUCACAUGUGCGUAGUUCAGGACAACUGUCACAAAAGCUUCCUUCUGCACCUUUGAAGUUGCAUUGUCCCCCAUCACCUCAUGUAGAAAAUCCGCCGAAGUCAUCUACUCCUCUUACACCUGUACAGCAUGGUUAUCUUUCACCAAAGCCUCAUGCACAGCAGUUAGGAUCUCCCUACAGGGCCCACCAUUCUCAGUCACCUCAAGUUGGAGCACCUCAGAGAGAUUCUCACAGAAAUUUUUAUCCAGCAGCACAGAGCCUUCAGUCCAAUACUCCGCAGCCAGCUACUGGAGCAUUAUUUACACAGACACCUUCAGGACAAUCUUCAGCAACUUACAGUCAAUUUAACCAACAAAAUUUGAACAGUACUGCACCACCUCCUCCCCCUCCUCCUCCUCCCUCUUCAUCAUCUUAUUAUCAAAACCAGCAGCCCUCUGCAAACUUUCAGAGUUAUAAUCAGUUAAAGGGUAGCCUUUCCCAACAAACUUUGUUUACACCUGGACCAAAUCAAGCACUUCCUGGUACCACAAGUCAACAACCAGUUCCAGGACACCAUGUAACUUCAGGGCAUUUUUUGCCAUCUCAGAACUCUACCAUUCAUCAUCAAGCUUCAGCAGCUCCACCCCCUCCCCCACCACCACCUGCUCCAGGACCACAUCUUGUACAACAGCCGAGUUCCCAUCAGCAGCACUCUGUAGCACAUGUAGUAGGGCCUGUUCAUGCAGUAGCCCCUGGUUCACAUAUUCAUUCUCAAACUGCUGGGCACCAUUUACCACCACCCCCUCCUCCACCAGGCCCUGCACCUCAUCACCAUCCCCCCCAUCCCACCCCAGGACACCAAGGUCUGCAAGCACAACACCAGCAUGUAGUAAAUACAGCUCCACCCCCGCCCCCACCUCCACCUUCCAGUGUUCUGGCUUCUGGGCAUCAUGCGUCAUCAGCUCAAGCCUUACACCACCCCCCUCAUCAAGGACCUCCACUUUUUCCUUCAAGUGCUCAUCCAGCUGUACCAUCAUAUCCCUCCCAAGCUACACAUCAUACACCCCUGGGACCUGGACCCCAACACCAGCCUACUGGAACAGGACCACACUGUCCAUUACCAGUCCAAGGUCCUCAUCUCCAGCCACAAGGACCAAACAGUAUUCCAACACCUACAGCUUCAGGGUUCUGUCCACAUCCUGGCUCUGUAACCCUGCCACAUGGGGUUCAAGGACCUCAGCAGGCAUCUCCAGUGCCUGGACAGAUUCCAAUUCACAGAGCACAGGUGCCACCAACAUUUCAGAACAGUUACCAUGGUUCAGGGUGGCAUUAACAAGGACUCCUAAGACAUUUUUAAAAUGUUCUGUAAGAUAAACUGUAUAUUUCAUAUGUACCUAUUCAUGGUACUUUUUAAAGCUUGUACAUGAAACUUUGUAUAAAAACAAACACCAGUGCUCUUUCAUUGUAUUUUUUCCAUUUUUUGCUUUUUAAAAUUCCUGAAAAACGUGCUGUUAAACCAGUAUUAGGUAUCUUUUUUUUGGUAAGUGAACAUUCCAGCUGUUUUUCUGGCAGUAGAUUUGAUGCUGCAUAAUCUUAAAUUUUAUUGUUGCAGUUAAAUUCAUUUAGUGAAUGUUUUCUAUAUUACUUUUUAUACGUAUGUAAUAAGUACACAGCUAAGUGGUGGCACUAACAGGUUUUUCCCCCCAUUCUGUCAACAGUUCUGUGUGUGCAUCUAGGUAGAAAAUGCAAUACAGAUUUUUAUAGUUUGGUGUGGACUUGGCUCUUUUGUUUCAUCGGUUAUUUGCAGAAAAAUGUAAUUUAAUGUAUAGAUUGUUUCUAAUGUCUUCUGACAAGUUCUGUAAAUACUGUAUUUCUUUUGCGUGUAAAAUUGCUGACAGCUCAUUUGAUAUAGUAUUGUACAUAUGACAAGUCUCUUUUUGCAAAAAUGUGUGAUCUUUGUGAAAGUAGUACAGUAUAUGACAUUUAAAUUUUUUUAAUAUACUGUCACAUUGCAGCACUGGUUGGGCAUUUUAAUUCAUGUUAAUAAAUCACAAUUAUGUCAGUUUUA